AUGUCGGUCGACUCUCCCUCAAAUACCAACGACAAACCCAACGAUAUCGGUCCUGAUGGCGAAAAGAUCAAGGAUAUGACAUAUUACGAGCUGCUAGGCGUCAGAGGUGAUGCGACCGACAUCGAUCUCAAGAAAGCUUAUCGCAAAGCUGCUAUUCGAUGGCACCCAGACAAGAACCCUGGAGACGAGGAAGCUCAGAAGAAAUUUGUCUCGAUCGGGGAAGCUUAUCAAAUCCUUUCUGAUCCUCAAGAAAGAGCUUUCUACAACAAGAAUGGCAAGCGUGAGCAUGGCCAAGCAGGUCAAAUGCCGAUGGAGGAUCCAGGAAAACUGUUCGAGACCAUGUUCGGUGGCGAAAAAUUCCGGGAUUGGAUUGGUGAGAUAUCUUUAGGUAAAGACAUAGGCAAGGCUUUUGAAACCCAUACCACUGAAGAAGAGCGAGAAACGAUGAAGGCAGAAUGGGCGGCCAAGCAACAGGCCAAUGGAAAUCCGCAACAAACCAUCAAACAUGACUUGGACUCAUCGGUCGCACCUUCUAGUCCUAAGAAUACUACGCCCGACCUACGACGUAGUCCAUCUCUAGCCCCAGGUUCAGGCAUCCAACCCAGUCCAGCCAACGCCACCACUUCUACCACCCUUGCUUCCUCCUCUAGUCAACCCACUGGAUCUACCGCCCCUCCAACAUCGACUACGACCCCAGCUGCAAAGCCAUCACUCAAGCAAACUCCUGAACAACGCGCUGAAGCUGAGAAAUAUGAGAAGCAGCGAAAGGAAGAUACGAUUAAUCGAGUGAAUGAUCUGACUAAGAAGUUAUUGGAAAGAAUUCGACCGCUAGUCGAAGCUGCUAAACCUGGGGAACCAGGAGACCCAGAGACCGAGAGAUUUACCAAUGGGAUCAAAAUGGAAGCUGAGGAUUUGAAAUUGGAAAGCUUUGGAGUCGAAUUACUGAGAUUGAUCGGUACGGUCUACUAUACCAAAGCUUCGACAUACAUUAAACUUCAUCGAUCUAAGUCUCCGUUUGCGAACUUCCUUGGGCUCCCUGGAUUUUAUGAGAACACCAAACAAAAGGGAAAGAUGAUCAAGGAGGCAUGGGGGAUGUUGAGCUCAACGUUAGAUGUGCAAACUGCGAUGAUGGACCUGGAAAAGAGGCAAGAAAAGGGUGAACUACCUGAGGAAGAAAUGGAGAAACUGAAUAAGGACCUGGUUGGAAAGCUCUUGUUAAUUUCUUGGAAAGGAACACGCUUCGAGUCGGGUGCGAUUCUCCGUCAAGUUGCUGACAAUGUCUUAUCCAAGGACUCUCCGAAUGUUACGGAUGAAACGAUCAUGAAUCGGGCGAAGGCUUUAGUGCUGAUCGGAGCGAUCUUCAAAGCAGUCCAGCCAGAUGAAACAGACCAUGAAGAACGUCGGGAACUUGAACGAUUGGUCGCCGAGGCAGCUGCCAAGAAGAAGGAUAAGAAGGCUAAGAAGUGA